CUUUUCAGUGGUUGGAAGCCACUAUAUAAAGGACAAAGGGCUCCCACAGUGAUCACACUGCAUCAGCACAAGGAGUUGAAAGGACAUCACACUGAAAAUCACUGACAGAAGACAAGAUGUUUAGGCAAAGACAGACACAGCUGGAGAAGGCCGUCCUCUCAGCAGUGGCCGUGUUGCUUCUCCUGACCGCGGCAGGACAAUCUGCAGUGCUGACCGACAACCCGCAGACCACAGCAGCUCCUGCUCUGUCAAACUCAGCUCCGACCACACAGCUCAGCAACAGCAGUAUGGAGGAACCUGAGGUUCUGCGCUCACACAGAUCCUGCAGAGCCGAACAUGCAAACUACUGUGAAAACGGUGGACAGUGCAUGUACCCCCAGGACAGUGACAAGCCUUCUUGCAUCUGCACGCACUCGUAUGGCGGGCAUCGAUGCCUGUUCUUAAUUGUCAGCGAUCACACUACCAAACCAGCUGACACAGAGCAGCUGAUCGCCAUCUGUUUUGGAGUAGUCAUGCUCAUCUUUGCUCUGAUCAUCAUCGCUUUCUGCUUGGCCCGCAAGAAGUGUAUGAAAUCAGCACCACUAAUCAAAUCUGCCCCAUCUGAGACGUCAGUGUGACCUCGACGACUCGCUGUUCGUCAUCAUCCUCGUCUUCACCAUCAUUGCUACCACCUUUUUCAGUAUUAUCACUCAGCAGAAAAACAUGAACCAUAACUUUUCAUCAUGCAGUAAUCCACAGCAUUGACUUUGAUUUACAAAGCAAUUAAGAGACUUGAGAAAAGAUUACAAGAUUAAAGUUUGUCAGACCUGGUGGAGCCUUAAACAGGGUCAAAUGUUUGUCAUGUUAUAGUGCUUUAAACACUGAGGGAGAACAAAUCUGACUAUUUAUUGUAAUAUUGCAAUUAACUUAUUGAAAGUGUUCUAUUUAUUGAAUUUUUUGUAAUAAACUUGGUAGAAAUGAA